UUGAGUGGAGGAAUGCGAGUUCUCUAAAGAGGGAAUAAAGGCGUCCUGAUGACAGAAAGAAGAAAUACGCGUCAGGAUUCCAAAAAUAACACAACUCGGGUUGGAAAACUUUGGAGCGCGUUUUGAUUCUUUCCUUAAAGGAUUACUAAAACGUUUUUCGAGGUUAAAAAAAGAAGAAAACGAAGGGAAAAGAAAGAAAAAAGAAGAAAGAAAUCAAUAGUAAUCGCUAACUCUUCAACACUGCAUUGAUUACUAAGAAAGCCGACUUCUUCCCAGAAGAAACGCUCAUCUGUUGAAAGUGAACACCGGAGCGAUGCGAUGAUGCGAUCUGAUUCACAUUCAGCGAAGACGCGGAACCGGAGCGGCCCGAAACCAGACAAAAGAAUGACCGGACCGAACUUACUCGCUCUGAUGCUCAUGGUACUGAUGCGCCUCGGCACUGCGGAACAUGUAUCAGGGAUGCGAUUCGUGCUGAGCCCCGGGAACGUGACUUCCUCUCUGGGGAAGCCAGUGGUGCUGCAGUGCAUUCUGCGGGCUGACGGGGUGGACCAGGGGCCCCUGGACGUAUUCUGGCUGAGGGAGGGACAGCAGCUGGAGUUUGCCGACACUAACCAGAUGCAGGUGCCCGUGGAUGAGGAGAGCUGGCUGGUGAUCAGCGAACUCAAGAUUGAGAAUGUACAGCUCUCAGAUAUGGGCGCCUAUCAAUGUGCGGUUUGCUUACAUGAGCAGACUUUAUCCAUUGAAGGACACAUACAGCUGGAAGGUCUCCCUCAUUUCUCAGUAGAGCCGCAACAUAUGUCAGUGGUGGCUAACGUUGGGCUCAGUUUGAGUUGUGUGGCUCACGGUCCUCCUGAUCCGGUUCGGGUCAUCUGGCUGCAGGACGGGGCUCCACUCAAUAAUCUGAAUGACCCAAUAUCUCUCUCACCCUCAACUCUCAACAUCUCAGGUUUGAAUAAAACCAGCUCUUUCUCUUGUGAGGCUCACAAUCGUAAAGGUGUGGCAUCGUCUGGCACAGGUGUUGUGACAGUCCUCCCUGCUGAGCCCCAUGACAUUAAAGCUGAAGACAUCACAAAUUCAAGUAUCCAUCUUUCUUGGCAGACAGGCUUUGGAGGAAUCUAUCCCAUUAGCCACUGCACAGUUGAGGUUAAACCUUCUGGCAAAGACUUCAUCGAAAAUGCUGAUCACAUGAUCUACAACCAGAAUGUUAAUGGAUCUAUCACCAGCCACCUGAUGUCAGACCUGGAACCCUUCAGCCAAUAUGAUUUUAGAGUGGCCUGCCAGAGCAGCCAGGGCAUCUCUGAUUGGACAGCAUGGGUAACCAUCAGCACCAAUGAAGGGGUUCCGGAUUCAGCACCAGAGAAUGUCACUGCUGUGGUGAACGGGACAGAAGUUCUGCUGAGAUGGUCAGAACCUUCUGGAAAGAUAAACGGCCAGCUACAGGGAUACAUGAUGGAGUACAGUACACCUCAUAUGGAACAGGUAAUGGUGGUCAUGGGUUCGGACACAGAACUGUUUGUCAAUCUGUCUGCCCCCCUAUCCAAUGUGUCCUUCAGAGUGUGUGCGUACACUGGUGCGGGACAGGGGCCCUGGACACCCCUCCAAACCAUCACACUUAUCCCUUCAGAAAUGCUGCUUCAUUCUAGAGGUCUGUCGAGUCCUCCUGCUUUCUCCUGGCACUGGUGGUAUGUGGUGAUGGCCAUCGCUGUUGCCAUCGCUCUUGCGGUGCUCUUGGCCGUAUAUGUGACCAGACUGAGGCGGAAGGAGACACGUUUCGGCGAGGCGUUUGAGCCCAUGAUGGAGAGCGGUGAACUUGUUGUCCGAUAUCGAGCUCGACGCACAUACAGUCGACGCACAACUGAAGCUACAUUAAACUCUCUGGGGAUCAGCGAUGAGCUCAAACAAAAGUUACAGGACGUGAUGGUGGACAGACACAAACUAACACUGGGAAAAACACUGGGAGAAGGUGAGUUUGGCUCUGUUAUGGAGGGUUCGCUCACUCAAGAGGACUCUGUGCUCAAAGUGGCAGUGAAGACCAUGAAAAUUGCUAUCUGCACUCGCACCGAAAUGGAAGAUUUUCUGCGAGAGGCGGCCUGCAUGAAAGAGUUUGACCAUCAGAAUGUCAUGAGGCUUCUGGGCGUGUGUCUGCAGACAGUGGAGAGUGAAGGUUAUCCGUCUCCUGUUGUUAUUUUGCCCUACAUGAAGCAUGGAGACCUGCACAGCUACCUGCUGUACUCCAGACUGGGCGACUCACCUGUGUACUUACCCUCUCAGAUGCUGGUGAAGUUCAUGACAGACAUCGCUAGAGGUAUGGAGUAUCUGAGCGACAAAAACUUCAUUCAUAGAGACCUGGCGGCUCGAAACUGCAUGUUAAAUGAGAACAUGAACGUGUGUGUGGCUGACUUCGGCCUGUCGAAGAAGAUCUAUAAUGGAGAUUACUACAGACAGGGCCGCAUCUCUAAGAUGCCUGUAAAGUGGAUCGCCAUUGAGAGCCUGGCAGACAGAGUGUACACCACCAAGAGCGAUGUGUGGUCAUUUGGAGUGACAAUGUGGGAGAUAGCGACUCGUGGUCAGACGCCGUACCCUGGCGUGGAGAACAGUGAAAUCUAUGAUUAUCUGAGACAGGGCAACCGACUCAAACAACCUCCAGACUGUCUGGACAGCAUUUAUUCCCUGAUGUUCUCCUGCUGGUUUCUGAGCCCAAAGGACCGGCCAAGCUUUGAGAUCUUGCGCUGUGAGCUCGAAAAGGUUCUGGAAGAUCUGCCGAGCCAAGACCCAGAUGAAAUACUCUACGUCAAUAUGGAGGAGUCAUCCGGCGAGCUGGGGGCCGUGGGAGGCCGUGACCCCAUAAUGGGGCUCCCUUGUGCACUCGGGGCAUUGAAGGGCUCAGGUACAGUGGCCACUGUGGAAGUCCACCACCCCAGCCGGUAUGUCAUCUGCCCUCAGCACGAGAACCAGCGCCUGCUCAACGCCGACUCCAUGGAGAGUCUUAACCUUAUUGGGUCUAUACCCACACCGGCACUUCAACCUUCGUCCUGUUCCACUCCACUGCCGCCCUCUGAAACUCAAGCCCCUGAGGAGCGAGACAGCCCAGGGUGCAAGAAAGUGCCCUGGUAGUGAUGCUUCAGUGACUGAAAUGGAUUUAUACUGCCUCUUGUGGAGAGAGUUACUGCUCCUAUCCCAAUUUUGCACAAGCAUUCCACACACUCCACCAGACAUUCAAUGUUUAUAAUGAAUUUAUUUCCCUUGCUUUCCAAAUGGUCUUUUAUGCUUAGUGUAGAUUUUGAGAGGUGUAUGGGUCAUAAUUUAUGUUCUCUAUCUUACUGUUGUACCAACCAGGUGUGAUGUGACAGGUUUAACUCCUCAUACUAUCACAAACCCUUUCGACAUUUAAUCACGUGCAGGUUAUGCAUUAUAGAUAUCUGUAAUUACAUUUUCUAUAGUUAAAAGGCUAAGUCUUGAUAUCAGAUAUGUUGAUAUUUUUAUAUAAUUAAUUAGGUUUUCACACACACACACAAAAAAAACGUAAAUUCUUGAUAUAAAUCUAGUAAAAAGUAUUAUUUGUUAUGUCAAUAAUAACAUUGUAACUAGUGCAAAUGGCCAUUCCGAUAUAAAAAAUUUAAUUACAACAAGUAAAAAUACAUUUUUAAUUUUUUAUUUUAUUUAUAUAUAUAUAUAUAAUUUGGUUUUCACUAGUGGCAAUGUUAAUUUAAGAUAUCUUAAAUUACUCUUCAUUUAUUGAUAUCUGAAAACCCUUUCCAGAUAACUUAAAUACCAAUUCUAACUUAUUGAAAUAAAUGUAAAGAUAUAAAAUUAGCAAUUUUUACUUGUUGUAAUUCAGUUGUUGAUAUCAGGAAUGGUUAUUUGUACUUGUAACAAUGUAAUUAUUGAUUUUUAAAAUUAUAAUAGUAUAACUAGUAAGAAGAACAUGUAUUUGGAAUUUCAACCAGUAAAAAAAUUAUUAUAGAAAUCUGUAAUUGCAUUCAAAAAGUAUUGAAUUACACAUCACUGUGAAAUUCUACUAGUGUUAACGCAGUUACUGAUAUCAAUGAUUAUGUUUUUUUACUAGUUCAAGUAAUUAAUUUUCUUUUAAUCAAGAAUGGGUAUUUCCGCAAAUAAUUAUAUCAUAAAUGUUAAAAUGUCUUGUAGCUUGCCGCUUGUCACGGUCAUGGACAAAAAUUCUAACUAAAGGUGAAGUGUGUAAUUUCUGUGCGACUUGCGUCAACAAAUAGAAUUGCAAAAAUAAUGAUUGUUUUCAAACAGGUUUCCCAAGCACUUCUUGUCCCGUAGCAAACUCACGCCAUUGGUCAUUGUUGCUGUGUUGGGCUGGUUGGGAUGCAAACAUAGCUAUGUUUUGAAAGUGCCACAAAGCUACCGUGUUUAUAUUUUUCGAAGAAAUGCACCUACGACUGGCUUACUUACAGUUGUCUCUGCAUAUUAGCUGGGUAAGGGGAAAGUUACACACAUCACCUUUAACAUAGAAUAGAUUUAUUGUUUGUUGCUUUAUUGCAUCACACAUGAUAUUAGACUCAAAACAGAUAUUCCAGAAAAGCACAGAUAUACAGGUACAGCACAUUUACCGUAGCCUUAUGAGAUUAAUAGAAGUCAAACUAAUGGAAUGAGGCCAGUUCUGUUUUUAAAACUCAAUUACAUCAGGUCUAAACUCAUCAUAUAGAUGGUGUGCUGCUGAUAUUGACCAUUCACUCUUAACAGUGAACUCAGGAGGUGCUUGCAUCAACAAUGGCCAAUAAUACAAAGGUCAGAUUAAGCAAACACCACAAACUAGCAUGACACUGCCACUGUCUAGAUUGAGAUGGAACUGUUCAAGUUUUUAAAGGAAUUGUUCAGCCAAAAAUUAAAAUUCUGUCAUCAUUUAUUCUCCAUGUUUCAAACCAAUAUGGUAUUUUUUUUUUUUUUUUUUUUUUGUAGAAAACAAAAGGAGACAUUUUUGAAGAAUCGUUACACAGCUUUUGCCAUACAACGGCAGUUAAUAUUGACCAUGUCACAAAAAACACAGGAAUAAGAUAUAACAAUUUUACCAUACGGCUCCAUACAACUUUUGUGCUAUAUUAGAAGUCUUCUGAAGUCAUAUGAUAGCUUUGCGUAACGUUUUGUGUUCCCUCACAAUAGUUUUACAUUCCCUCUCAAUAGAUUUAGUUUUGAAUCUCCUCGCAAUAGUUUUGAAUUUCCUCGCAAUAGUUUUCUUUUUGAAUUUCCUCGCAAUAGUUUUGAAUUCCCUCGCAAUAGUUUUAGUUUUGAAUCUCCUCGCAGUAGUUUUUAAUUUCCUCGCAAUAGUUUUGAAUUCCCUUGUAAUAGUUUUGAUAGUUUUAGUUUUGAAUUUCCUCGCAAUAAUUUUGAAUUCCCUCUCAAUAGUUUUGAUUCCCUCACAAUAGUUUUGAUAAUUUUAGUUUUGAAUUUCCUCUCAAUAGUUUUGAUUCCCUCACAAUAGUUUUGAUAAUUUUAGUUUUGAAUUUCCUCUCAAUAGUUUUGAUUCCCUCACAAUAGUUUUGAUAAUUUUAGUUUUGAAUUUCCUCUCAAUAGUUUUGAUUCCCUCACAAUAGUUUUGAUAAUUUUAGUUUUGAAUUCCCUCGCAAUAGUUUUGAUAGUUUUAGUUUUGAAUUCCCUCGCAAUAGUUUUAGUUUUGAAUCUCCUCGCAAUAGUUUUGAAUUUCCUCGCAAUAGUUUUGCAUUUUAUCACAAUUAGUUUUGUAUUCACUCGCAAUAAUUUUGCAUUCCCUGCAAUUAGUUUUGAAUUUCCUCGCAAUAGUUUUUUCAUUCCCUCGCAAUAGUUUUGUAUUUCAUCACAAUUAGUUUUGCAUCCCCUUUUGCAACAGUUUCCAUUUCUUCGCAAUAGUUCUGCAGUUAUUUUGGCAGAAUUAUUAUGAUUUUGAAUACUACAGUUCUCCUGUGUUACUGCUACAGUUCUACCACAAAUAUUCUGGGUAAAAUAUGGUUUCUGGUAACAUAGUAAAACCACUGCUUUUAUGGCAUGUUUUGUCCUUUUUGGAGCUUGACAGAUGUGGUAACUAUGAACUGUCGUUGUAGCAUGCAUACCGAUUCUUCUACAGAAAACAAAAAAAAAACCCACUGCAUUCAGGUGUAACAACAUGAGGGUGAAUCAAUUAUGAUGACAGAACUUUUAUUUCUGGGUGAAUUAUUUGUUUAAUCUGUUUCUGUCUUCUAUGACACUUUACACAAACUCUCUCAAGCCUCCUUCUGACCAACAUCCUUUUCCAAAGAAACACAUGGAGGGUGACAAUAACAUUCCACUGCAGUCAAACAAAUCAAACCAAAUCGUCAGUGAUGUCAAUUCAGUUCAAAAGUUUAAGUUACAUGAACUCUAGCUAUCCUCUAGGUGUACACAUACAUUUUUAACAGUUUCUGAGGUUUUCUGAAUCAACAGAGUGGAUAGAAGUUGUUUUUUUUACACUGAUAUGAGACCAGUUGUGUGGUUUGUUUCAAGAUACAUGUUAUGGUAAGCUGAUUUUCAAAAGGGCAGUAGACUAAACUGUUAGACUACACAUAUGCCAGGUCUUUGCUAUGAGCUGCCCCAGACUCAAGCACAGUAUUAUACUUUUUGUUUGUUUCUUGAUGUUUUUGGUCAAUUUGAUAUUUUGCACUAAUCAUUUUUAUAAGUGUUUUGUUUGUUUGUAUUUGUUUAUUUUGUGUUUUAUUGUUUGUAUCUGAUCAAUUUUAGACAAUGUAUAAUGAGCAUACAACUGCCAUGCUAUUAUAAUAUCAUCAUACAACAUAUUUUGUAUUAUCAUACAAAAAGACUCAAAUGAAAAAAGAUGUUUGUAUUCGUAGCCAAUCACAAAAUUAUUGUUCUAUAUUUGCAGGUGUAAUUUUUUUUUUUUUUUUUUUUUAGCAUUGUUAAAAUGUUUUAGAUUCAUUGUCAUUUGUUUAUCAUACAUACAAGUUUUUGUUUUUCUUCCAACAUAACAUUACAAUCAAAUCUGCAAUAUAAGUAAAAGUAAAGUAGACAUUCUGAAACAAAUCUUUUCACAACAUAGAACCAAUGCAAGAGUGAUAUGGUGCAUUUUUAUGUAAUGCAAUGUGGAUAAUGUAAUGUGGUACUAGUAAGACUAGUAAGGUACUUUAUCACAUCUCUCAUAUAUCAGUGAGCCACAAUGCUUUGAAUGCAUAUAGCAUUGGAUGACAAACCAUAUAGGUACUAUGUAAAUAAUGAUACUUUUGAUGAUGAACUCGUGUAUGAAAAUUUUUUGAUGUCUACAAGCCUUUUAGAGAGCAUGAAGUAAGCUCAGCAUUAACCAGGUGGAAUACAAACUGUUGUUUUAGCCAUCUAGUGUGUAUGUUUCGGAUGUUCACAUUUUCAAUCACUUCUGUCUUCAAUGAUGAAGCAGCAUUGUGUAUUUAGAUGUAAAACUGGCACCAGUCUUUCAUAUAGAUUUGAAGGCUUUUUAGUGUUUCAGCUCUCUGCAAAUUGACACAUUGUUAAAAAAAAAAAAAAAAAAAAAAAGCUGCAGUCCCUGUUGUACCCAAGUGUGGUAGCAUAAGAAUAUUGAUUUAUUUUUUUUUACUUCUAAGCACACACUUCAAAGUGCCUUUGACAGCCAGUAUUUUGCCUUAAAAUGGCUCAGUUUAUGAUGCACAAAUGUUUAGCUUUAGGUUUUAUACUAUGUCUAAUGUUGUCUAGAUAACAUUAAUGUCACUUGUGAUUUUGAUAUGCUUUUUUGUAUUAAAUAAAUACUACCUGCAUAGUU